GUACGUGGGUGUCUGGCUGGAAGUGACGUCUGGACUAGUGUGUGUCUGUCUGGAAGUGACGUGGACCAGAUUGGAGUCACGGAGAGAAAAGAACACUGUAGUUAUCGUGUUAUGUGCCCAUCUGAUCCAUGGAAGGAUCCUUGUAAUGAAGAACCUGUGUGGUGUUGCAUAGUGUACUGUUUACUGUUUGUCACUUCACUACUCUUAUGCCAAAGUUACCAUAACAUUGAGGUUUUAUUAUUUGAUGAAACUGCAGUUUUAUACAAUACAUUCAUAUUGUAUUUUUCUGUAUUAUUUUAGAUUUACACCAUCAUACUUUAUAACAUUGUGAAUGUGAUUUUUGCCUACCUUACUGGAUUCUUUGAGUUUCCAUGGGAAAUUCAUAAUUUUCAAAAUGGACAAGGGUGCUUCCCAAAAAAUUCCCUAGACCUGAUCCUGUAGGAUAGGUGUGGUUAGGGUAGAUUAGUAUCCCAGAGGGGAGUUGAGGAAGGUACAACCCUCCAGCUAGGUUAGGUUAGGUUAGAUUAUCCCUGGAGGGUGGGGGGCCAUGAUGACACAGCCCCUCCAGCUAAGUUAAGGGGAUAAGGAGAUUAUGGUGUAAAUAAGAACAAUUACCUUUUUUUUUUCCCAGCCAUUAAUGGAGUCUGGUCAAAAAUACACUUUUCUUGCAUUUUUGUAAUGAGAAGAAUGAGUGUCAUUUUAAAUGCUAGACAUGCCAUAUGUGACCAUUAAUGGUCUUUAAUCUAUGGUCUAGUGAAUUUCUUCUGUUAGUGGCACAGCUGAGGUGGAUCUCUACCAGAUCCAGUUUUCUAAUUUUCUCUCAAAAUACGAGUGAUCUGGUAAAAGCUUGAGUAUCCUGGAGUAGGCAGUUCAUCUGGCACAGUUUGGAGCCACUUGUCCAGCCUUCUUUGGAAGAGCUGCGCUUAAAUGUAUCUAAGCCUUGUUUGCCUCCAAUGUGCACUAUGGAGUGGUGGUCCCAGAACUGAUCAUUGCAGGACUGUACUUUGAGCAGCACUAGCUUCUGAUUGUUCACUAUGAACCAACACCUUUUGAGUUCUCCUGGUGAGGAAGCUGUGCAGCCAUCUUUGUAAAGAAUGUGCUGUGCCAUGUUCUCUUAGCUUAUGGAGAAGUAUACCAUGUCCAUAUACUUUAUCAGAAGCUUUUGCAAAAUCCAGAUUGCUUUAUCUCCUUCAUGGGUAUACUGAAGAAUUUUUUCUUGAUAGGUGAGGAACAUAAUCAGUUUUGUUGGAAUCCAUAUUGCCCAUCAUUUAGAAUGUUAUUGGUUGCAAAGAAAUUUAUUGUCCUCUUCCUUAUAACUCAUGGGGAAUCCCCAGAGAGGACAACGCCUAAACGCUCAAUUCAAAAUGGUCAGACCAUAGUAAAAUCUUUAUGCAUUUUUACAGCCUAUAAGUUUCUUACAUAAAUCAUAGAAUAUUGUUGUUUACAUCAGUCUGUUCCCUGGCUGAAGCAGGUACAGGGAUCUUCUGAAGAGAUGUAAGACUUGGGACUUGUUAUACUUAUGUGCCAUUUAUUGUAUAAAACUGCAGAAAUACUUUUUAGUUAGUAUUUCACAAUAAUUAUGACCUCUUAUUUUUUUUUCUGUCACCUUAAUCUUACUGGUGCCCUUUUAGCUAUCAUCCACUUUAUAAACAGUACUAAGUGUAAUAUACACUACAAUUGUACAGUGUUAUAUGUAAGUCUGUCAACUUAAUCUUACUGGUGCCCUUUAGCUAUCAUCCACUUUAUAAACAGUACUAAGUGUAAUAUACACUACAAAUGUACAGUGUUAUAUGUAACUGAAAUAUGUAGUGGACUGACAAAAGAUAAAUAGUUAUAAUAAAUUGUUUAUUGUAAUCUGGAAAAAAAAAAACAACACCUGAGGACAAGGAGCAAAAAUGGCCAAGAAGAGACCUAGGGACAUUCCAGUGCCAGUGGAGGAGAAGCCCACCAAGCAGGAGUAUGCUGUGGCCACAUACUUAAAGAAGAACUGCCCCACAAAGAAAACAAAGUUUCUCAAUCACCAGGUCCAGUAUUUUUAUGCAAAUAAAGCCAUUGAUAUUCUUCUGGAUUCACAAUGGGCCUCUGGCAAAGACAUCCUCUUCACAGAUCGGCAGUCUGUUGUGGAUUACUGCAACAAGUUACUGAAAUUAAAGUUCUUCCAUCGAGCCAAAAAGAUUCCCAUCACAGACAAGGAUUUAAGACCUAAAGAUCUCAAGAAGAAAAAGGAAAAGGAGAAAGAAGAGAAAAAGAAGAAAGAGACUGAUAAAAAGGAAAAGAAAGAAGAAAAAAAAGAGAAAGAAGAAAAGAAAGAGAAGGAAGAGAAAAAAAAUGUAGAGGAAGACAAAGAUGAAAAUGAAGAGGAAGGAGAGGAAGAGUCAAGGCCAGAAGCUGGGACUACAGAUAAAGAGGAAAAAGAUGGCAAAGACAAGGAAGAGGAAAAAGAAAAGAAAAAGAAAAAGAAAUCCAAGAUAAAGUUAGAUAUGCAUUUGGAACAGGUGUUUGUUGAUGGAAGUGAUGCCUAUGUGUGGAUGUACGACCCCAUACCAUUUUGGUACUACAUUGUGGGGGCUCUGUUUCUCUUUGGGGCCAUAGCUGUGUGUCUUUUCCCUCUGUGGCCACCAUCUGUCAGAAAAGGAGUGUACUACUUAAGCAUAGCAGCAGCCGGCUUCCUGGGCUUGAUUCUUGGGUUGGCAGUGGUGCGGUUUAUUGUGUUUAUCAUCAUCUGGGUGCUAACUAUGGGCGUCCACCAUCUCUGGCUCCUCCCCAACCUGACAGAAGAUGUUGGCUUCUUUGCAUCAUUUUGGCCUCUCUAUCAUUACGAAUACCGAGGUAAAGGCUAUGAAAAGAAGAAAAAAAAGAAAAAGAAGGUAACAUUGGAGGUAGAUGAUGAUGACCAAGAUAAAAAGUCUGAUGGGGAAGACACAGUAGAUGGCCAAGACACAGCACCAGAGACUGACAAGCCAGAGACAGAUGCAGACAGAACUGCUGGUGAGGAGCAGACUGCUGCAAGUGAGACUGACUCAGAAAAUUCAAAUUCACAAGCCUUUGAAAUAGUAGAGAAGGAAGAUGUAGUUGAACCAGAGAAAGGGAGUUGUGUAGAGGAGGUGAAGGCAGAACAUACAGAGGAAGGUUCUGAGGUGGAGGAAACGUCCAGAUCCUAAGGGAAUAAUAAUUUAUGUAGUACUUAAAAGGUAUGAUGCCACCAGAGUUCAUGAUGGUCAGUGUUUUAUAUUAUAACAUAAAAGUAAUCUCAUUCAAAUUUCACAUUAUUUGAACUUGAAUAUCUGAAACAUUUGCUAAGCAUUGAAGAAUAAUGGUCAGAUACAUGAAAAUAAUAUUUGUUGAUACUAUUUCUUAAUAUUAAAAAGGAAGUCCUAUUUAUUUUUUGAGAUUAUACAUAUGUGUUCUACUGCAUAGUUUAGGGAUUUCAAAAUGUGAUAUUAUUCAGUGAAUACAGGUAUAAGGUUUUAGAAAAUGUGCUGUUGGAUGUUAUAUCUCAUAAAAAGAUUGUUAAGUCCCACCAUCUCCAGUGAAACCUGACCAGCUUAUGAUAAGAAUACAUAGAGAGGAGAGCAAGGUUGUGCCCAGGUCGUGAACUUACCAAGACACGAGUUCCCUGAACGGAACAUUUAUGUUGAUCCAUGAAACAAAUAUCCUUCAAGUUUCAUGUUUGCAAGAAUUUUGAGGUAAAGGAUCGCACAUCUCUGUUGCUCAGUAAAUGUUACAUGGGUAUUUAUGUCACUAGCUAAGGUGUGGGGAUAACACAGUAUUGGGCAUGCAUGUGGAUUCUGUUCCUCGAUCUUUCACCCAGACUGAAUUGCACAAAUAUUAUUUAACAUCCAGUGUAUCAUUAUUUCAGUCACUGAAUUUCACUCAUCAUUGUCCUUGGCAUCAUACAAGUAGUCACAUUUUGAGACACAGGUAUUGGUGAGUUUUCACAAAUGUCAUCCUCUUGUGUCUCUAGAUCUGUCUAGAGAUAGGCAUUUGUGGGAAACUCACAUAACCAAAGUAUUUAUGUCAGAGGCUUAUCGAUGUGAAAUAUUCUAUAGCAAAUGUAGUACUUUGAAAUGGAAGAUGUUUAAUGAAACUAUUGAAUGGAGACACACAGGACCACAGUGUAGGAUGUUAUUAAUUUCCUGACUGAUAUUAAAACUAAGUGAAUACUGUGCCUGGGAGCUGCCAGCCACAUUCUGUUUUGUAUGUGUCAAGGGGUAUUAUUUUGUAAUUAUUAAAAUGCAAUAUUUUAUUUCAAAAA